AUGACUUACCAAAAUAGUGCAUUUGCUUCGGCAGUGCUACUCAGACAAAAAAGAGCACUCGAAAAUUUAGAAGAGGCUACUGCUACCUUUGUCGCUGCUGAUAUGGCCUAUGUUAUGAUAUGUACAGUUGCUGUCUUUAUAAUUACCCCAGCAAUUGGUUUAUUCUAUGGUGGAAUGAUUAGAAGAAAGUCAGUCAUCCAGUUAUUGACUCAAACUUAUUUAGUCACAUCAGUAAUCACCAUUCAGUGGUAUCUUAUGGGUUAUUCCUUAGCUUGUUCAACUACUUCUACAAAUGAAUUUAUUGGAAAUUUCAGAAUGGGUGCUUUAUCAAACGUUGAUGAAGGCCCUCUCUUUGAAGAUGGCUCAAUUCCUUCUAUCAUUUACUUCACUUUUUCUUGUUUUUUUCCUAUCGCAACCGUACAAAUUUUCUUGGGUGCAAUCGCUGAAAGAGGUAGACUAUUGCCUUCUCUAGUCCUAGCUUUCCUCUGGGCUACUAUCGUUUACUGUCCAUUAGCUUACUGGGCCUGGAGUGGUAACGGUUGGCUAUACAAAUUAGGUGAAUUGGAUUUUGCCGGUGGUGGUCCAGUCCAUAUCGCCUCUGGUGUUGCCUCUUUGUCUUAUUCUUUCUUUUUAGGUAGAAGAAAAGAAUGGAAAGAUGGCUCAAAGGAAAUUCCACACUUGAAACCUCACUCUCCUGUCACCACAAUGGUUGGUGUUUCUCUCAUUUGGAUGGCCUGGUUAUGUUUCAAUUCUGGUACUUUAAUCUCUGUAAACUUAAGAACAGGUUACAUUAUGGCCAAUACCCAACUUGCUGCUGCUUUUGCUUGUUUAACCUUUACCGUCACAGAUUUCUUAAUUACUGGCAAAUGGUCUAUUAUGGCUGCUUGUGAUGGAGCCAUUGCAGGUUUAGUCGCCAUUACUCCAUGUUGUGGUUUCGUUACCACAUGGGGUGCUGCCAUCACUGCCAUCGUUACUGCUCUUGCCUGUCGUUUGACUUAUGGUGUCAACAAAUGGUUACGUAUCGAUGAUGUUACCUACUCAUUUAACUUACAUGGUAUUGGUGGUAUGGUCGGAAGUAUCGUUGGCUGUGGUUUAUUAGCUUCUCCAAAUAUCACUGCUUUAGAUGGCGCAAGUUCAAUCGCUGGUGGUUGGAUCUGGCACCACUGGGAACAAAUGGGUUAUCAAAUCGCCGGUAUUUGUGCUAUCACCGCCUACACUUUCUGUGUCACUUAUAUUCUUUGUUUUGGUAUCGAUAAAAUCCCAGGAUUGAAAAUGAGAGCUUCGGAAGAAGCAGAAGAAAUGGGUAUGGACUUGUACGAAAUGGCUGAAACUGUUGAUGAAUUCGUUGGUACCACUUCUGGUUACUACAAUCCUGGUAACGUUGAAUACUUUAGCGGUAGCAACAGCACUAAUGAACCAGAAAAUAAAAGUACUUCAAAGGUUGAAUCAAAAGAUGUUUAAAAACAUUUAUCUUUUAACAUCUAAACUUUAGUCUGUUUUCAUUGCUGUUUUUUAUAUCUUUACUCUCACCCCUGUUAUAUUAUUUACCCAUUUUGAAAAGCUUUUUAAUUCUUUAUUAAUUUAUUGAUUAACUAUCGAUCAAGUUUUUUUAAGGUCUCUCAAUUUUAUUAUUUUAUUUCUUUUAUUUUAUUGUCUUAUUUUAUUUUAUUCUAUUAAUAUAAUUUUCUUCUACCGUUUUCAUCUUAAUCACCCCUAGCUCUCAGUAAUCGAAAGAAAUAAAGCAUUGCAUCAAUAAAAUUCAAUAAACAGCGGUGCUAUUAUACCGUUAUUAAACAGUAAAAUUCGAUACCUUAUUUAGCAAUACUAUGUUUCAAAACUAUCCUUUUUAUCAAACACCAAAUAAAUUUUAAAAUAAACUUGAAGCUUUUCAAUUUGUUCUUUAAAAUUAUCUUCAAUGAUAUUUCCAGUUUAAA